AUGGCCAUCGAGCUGCAGGCGGAACGUAUCAGCGGUCUGAGCUUUGCACAAGUUGCUCCUGCUGCUGCUUCUGCUUCUGCUUCCAGCUCCAGCAGCUGCGAAUUCGCGUUCGAUAGGCUGCGACCGCUCGACCCGCUUCCCGAAGUAAUAAGAGCGGAAGCGGGGACCCUUCAGUAUUUCGACGACCCGAACCAGCAGCUCACAUGCGCUGGUGUCUUCUUCGUUCGUAUCGUCGUUGACGACCGGGGCCUCGUUCUACCUCGCUUCAACAACGGCGGUACCCUAAUCUUCACCGUGCAAGGGAGAGGUGUGGUAGGGGUUACCAUCCCUGAAUGCGGCGGAGAGAAGCGGUACCGUUUUGCUCAACAUGAUGUCAUUGCAGUACCGCCCGGUGUUCCGGCUUGGAUUUACAACGACGGCGGCAAUGGACCGCUUGAGAUUGUUGUGCUCUUCACCAUAAGCGGCAAGGCUAACCAGCUUGAGCCACAGCACCGGGAUUUCAGUUUGGCUGGUUCCAACGGGAACAGAAGCAAGAACAUUUUCAAUGGAUUCGCCGUUGAGUCGCUUAGCAGAUCGCUUCGUAUCAGCCAGUACCUGGCCACGAUACUUCAGGGUCAAAUGGACCAAAGGGGCACCAUAGUUCGUGUGCCGGCUGGCCUUCUUCAGUUGCAGCCAAAGAACAAUCUGAACGCUACCAUGGCGGUGCAGUUCCAAGGCAGUGAAGAGCAAGAAGAAGAUGUGCAGGAUGAAGCAGGUGACAUGUGCAGGAUGAAGGUGACGAAGAAGUUGGAAGAGAAGGUUCUGACCGGCUACGAGUUUCCCAUCCUCAACUCCGUGGGAUUGAGCAUUGAGAGAGGGACUUAUAAACCGAACACUAUUUCUUCGCCAUUCUACACCAUCAAAGCUCAAAUCGUGGCGUACCUAACCCGGGGAAGCGCCCGGGUGCAGGUGGUUGACAACCGCGGGGUCGCGGUGUUCGACGGCGUGCUUCGUCGGGGGCAGCCACUGGUCGUGCCACAGUAUUACGUCGUCAUAGUAGAAGCAGGGAAAGACGGGUUCGAAUUCAUCGCAUUCAAGACCAACGCGAACCCUGUGAUCAGCUACAUUGCAGGACGAGUAUCCGUCCUGCAUGAUUUAUCGGUUGAUGUUAUUGCCGCGGCAUAUAAUAUUUCGAAAUAUGAGGCGGAGAGAAUAAAGGAUGGUCGUCGAUGGGCUGCACUGUAG